AUGUCGCAGUCUGGAUGCACUGGCUGUCCAUCUAAGCAUCCCAAACUCAUCAGGCAUACACAGCCAGACACCACCCAGCCCUUGAAUCAUGUCAACAGGCAUCACAUGUUCAGUUUGCAGCCUAGCGGUCAACUUGCACUUCGGACUUCUUACAUUCCUGCCACCCUACCUGAGAAGGAGGAUGAAAAUGCUGGGACAUUGAUGCCAGCCCUACCGUUCCCACUGAAGAUGAUCCUUGGAACGAGAUGGUGCCCUUCAACCCUUCAUCCGAGGUGGACAAUGUCCUUGGAGUGCCUGAGAUGCCAAUGGCUGAAAAGAGAUGCAGGAGAACUGCAGGAUUUCUACGACUUGAAGGAAGAGGCCAGGAUUCAGACACCCCAUGAAUGGAGGGGCAGAUUUUUCCACCCUGUUUCAUUGAAAUCCAUGGGCCUGCGCAUUCAACUUGGACACCCUCCUGGUAUCACUUGUUGCAGACCGACACCAGCAUUUGGUGAUGACUUCAUGAUUAUCAAUGUCCACAGUGUGCAUCCAACAGGACUUGAUUUUUGUGGAUGCGAGCAGGAAGUUUCACACUUCAAACAACUACUCCAUGUGCGCUUAUUCCCUUCCAUGGUGACUGACCCAAGAAUGGUGGCAACAUUUGCUGUUUUGGAGUUCUUUCACAUACUCUCCUUCGAGUCUAAAGUGUCUGCAUAUGAGUUUUAUCAUAGCUUGGCACAGUGGACUGACAAUACAGGAAUCACGCCAAUUCAUAUAUACUUACACAAAAGAUCAGGAUCGCUACUCAGUAUUUCUAAGGAUAGUCCAUGA